AUGACCCCGCCACCCUGUCGAUAUGGGUCGGGUGGAAUGAUUGACGCGUCUGGUGUCAAACGAGGAGGCCGAAAGUGUCCCUAUCUGGGAGCCUCUCUGCGGAUCGAUGACCUCUCCCUUGUGGACGAGGGCUGGUUUGAGUGCCGCAUCCUCCUGCUGGACCAACCGACAGACGAGUUUCAGAACGGCACCUGGACCUUUCUAUCCAUCACAGCUCCCCCGUCCUUCGUCCAGAAGCCCCCCUCUCAGGUGGAGGUGUUGCUGGGAGACCCCGUCAUCCUGAGCUGCGCUGCCCUGGGCAACCCCAAGCCCACCGUCUCCUGGAGAAAAGGGGACGUCCCCGCUGAGGAGCAUGAGGCCAUCAAGGUGCUCAAUGGCACUCUGUCCCUGGCCAAGGUUACCCGGGAGACGUCAGGUCUCUACAAGUGUCACGUGUCCAACUCAGAGGGCAAUCUUACCCAUAGUACACAGCUACUGGUUAAAGGUCCCCCAAUCAUCAUCAUGCCCCCGGAGGACGUCUCCAUGAACAUGUCCCAGGAUGCAGUUCUGCCGUGCCAGGCCGAGGCGCACCCCGCCAACCUCACGUAUGAGUGGUGGAAAGAUGGGGAGAACAUCUACCACAUCGAGACUCUGAAGUCUCGGAUCAAGGUCAUGGUGGACGGAACUCUCCUCAUCUCUGAGCUCAUCCCUGAGGAUUCUGGGAACUACACCUGCGUUCCAACCAAUGGGCUGCUCACGCCACCCUCCGCCUCAGCCUACCUCAAAGUUAAACACCCAGCGCGGGUGGUGCGGAUGCCCAGGGAGACCUACCUCCCGGCGGGCAUGGGGGGGGUCAUCGUCUGCCCCGUGCAGGCCGAGCCGCCCAUGCUCUUUGUCAACUGGACCAAAGAUGGGGACACUCUCAACCUAGACCAGUUCCCAGGCUGGAUGGUGAACUCUGAGGGUUCUGUGUUCAUCACCACGGCCAACGAUGAUGCUGUGGGCAUGUACACCUGCACUGCCUACAACAGUUACGGCACCAUGGGUCAGUCAGAACCCACAAAGGUCAUUCUACAGGACCCCCCGGCGUUUAACGUGACCCCACGGGCUGAGUACCUGCAGGAGGUGGGGAGGGGCCUGCUGAUCCCCUGCAGCGCCGCGGGAGACCCCACCCCCAACAUCACCUGGGCCAAGGUUGGUCCACUCCCUCGCUCUCCGUACGCGUUGUUGUCCAACGGUUCUCUUCUGCUCCGUCCCCUCAGUAAGGACCACCAGGGCGGAUGGGAGUGCCGAGCCAGUAACCGCGUAGCAACUGUCACCGCGGGAACCGUCGUUCUAGUCCUGGGUACGAGUCCCCACUCCGUCUCCUCCGUGUCGGUCGUCACGGAGAUGCACCAGGCCAACGUGUCCUGGGAGCCCGGCUUCGAUGGAGGAUACAUGCAGAAGUUCUCUGUUUGUGCCAGGCCCGGCUCCGCAGUGCUUGAUCCCUGCCCGGGGUGCCGCGUCAGAACACACAUGCUGGUGACCGGGCUGAUGGCCGGAACUAGCUACCAGUUCAGCGUCCUGCCACAGAACAAGCUGGGCUCCGGGCCUUUCAGCGAGAUCGUCACCGUCAGGACCAUAGCCCCGCCUACAGACCCGCCCACUGUGGUAUCCGAGGUAGCCGUGCUGGCUCCUCCCACAUUGCUGUCAGUCAACCGCACCUCUGAGGGUAUCCUGUUACAAUGGGUCCCGCCCCCAGCGGACUCUCUACCAAUCACAAGCUUCGUCCUGCAGGCCCGCCUUGAGGGAGGAAAGUGGGUGACGCUGGACGGGACCAUCAACGCCAACAGCAGUGACAUGCUAGUGCAGGGCCUACUCAAGGACUCUCUGUAUGACCUGCGGAUGCUGUCACGGAGAGACCAGCUGGUCAGCGAGCCCAGCCAAUCAGUCAACAUCUCCACCUCAGGGAUGGACGUGUACCCAGUACGUACCAGCCUUUUGGCCUUUAUCCCGGAGCCACUGCUGGCGGGGGUGAUUGCGGGCGUGUGUUUCCUGUUGGCCACCAUCGUCCUCUCGCUCGUCACCAUCUGCAUCAUGAGCCGCCGCAGAGACAGGAAGAAGCGCAAGAGGAGAGACGGUAACCACAGCAACAGCACCAACACUCUAACUCCACCAACAACACUAACACUACUAACUCCACCAACAACACUAACACUACUAACGCCAUCAACAACACUAACAUUACUAUCUCCACCAACAACACUAACACUACUAACUCCACCAACAACACUAACACUACUAACGACAGCAACAGCACCAACACUCUAA